AGCAAAGGGACGACGAGCCAAUUGCAGUUAUACAACAACGAGCAUGACAACUACGACCUUUCCUCGUCGGCUUCCUCGUUUUCUGAAGACGAAGGACUGCUGGCGGAUGAGUCAUCUUUUCAGGAUGGCCUAGUUGCCUCUGAGUCGGACGCUGCGCCUGCGGAUAACAAUAAGAAUUAUGCGUCGUCAUCUUCAUCCGCGUCUACUUCUUCGAGAAACAUGGGAAAUGUAGACCGAUAUCAAAAUAACCGGCACCCAGCGCUGCAAAUGCAAGAAUACAAAAACCAAAGCAAAAAUUUUCGUGAAGGACGACACAGAGCGACAACUCCGAGGGGGGAAGAUGAAGGUGGUGACACAGAAACUCUAGGCGCAGCAGGGGGCCUGGAAAACAAGGAGCAGGAUCACACAGAACCACAACUUCUUCCGGCUGCGUUGGACGCGUUCUACUUCGAAAUUGAAGUUGUUAAGGCGAGGCACAAUGCCGGGGGGCGGAAUGCUGCUGAAAUGGAUCAACAAUCUUCCGCUACAACAGGUCGAGACGAAGAUAGGGACAGACACCACCACCAUCGGCAACAUUCCAGUGUGGCCAAGGAUCGGCGGAAAUUGUCCACGAAAAACGAUGAGAGCGCGACUUCUGGCCCGUCUCAACAAGCUGGGGGACUCCUGGACCGUUUCAUGAGCGGUGCGUUCUUCGGCGCCGGAAAGAACACGGAAGGAGAGCAUAACUCAGCGAUGGUCCUCUCUUCCGGUACCGACGAAGUAGAUGGUGCCACUUCCGGCUCAGGAUCUACGCUCAGUCCCGGCCCUUGCUUCGGCUUCACUUGCUUUGAUCCCUG